CUGUUGUGACGUCGCUUAUCUCCCAGCGUUCCUUGCAUGCUUCAAUAAUUGUGAAUGGCGGGUUCUCCGUAAAUCCUGAGUUUAAAAUCAUAAUGAGAUUUUUUAAAACGUAUUCUGAUACCUAGAAUACAGUUUGGUGUGUUUUUGUUUCGUCGACAGCUAGCGUUUUAAGGUUCGUGUGAAUUUACUCAUAAAUCAGUGGCAGCUAACGUCAAGUGCUUAAUAACAGGAACGGCAUGACAAGCGCGGUGCCGGGUUCCAUGCUGCCAUGCUGCCGAUGCGCGGAAACUUUCUACACAGCCGGCUGGGUAGCUAGCUAACGCCGGCGGCUAUUUGAUUAUUCUGGAAACGGUAUUCAUAACUUUCUACGUAAUAAUAUUCAGCAAAAACGGGGGCACAAGAGAAGGUGCAAGCAUCUAGUGAUUUAGCGAAUGUUUUCUUGUCAAAUUUAAUUAACUAACUCCACCUAGCAUACUAUAAUUGUGAAAAGAAUAGCCUACGGCCAGGGAUUAACAAUUACUCGUAAAUACACGCAAGCUUUUCAUUUAUCUAAUUUUAGACUUUGUGUUCGCUCAGGGAAAUGGCGAUAAACGCUCAUUAUCCAGUGUUCGUAGUUGUUGUUUUGUCGAUGAUACGCUGUACAGUAUAUACCUCAAGCGCCUCCAAACUCAGCAUCCCCAAAGUCUUACUGCCCUUGGCCAGGGGCACCAGGAUUAACUUCACGUUGGAAGCAACCGACGGCUGCUACAGGUGGUCCUCCACCAGGCCUGAAGUGGCCAGCGUUGAGGCAGUAGAUGUGGACGAUCGGCUGUGUUCCCAGAAGGCCGUGCUGCAGGCACGCUCCUCCCAGCCAGUCCGACUCACGAGCAUCAUCCUGGCGGAGGACGUCUUAACGGGACAGGUUUUGAGGUGUGAUGCGAUUGUUGACAUCAUCAGUGAGAUCCAGGUGGUCUCCACCACGCGAGAGCUGCACCUGGAGGACUCUCCCCUGGAGCUGAAGAUCCAGGCGCUGGACUCUGAAGGAAACACCUUCAGUACUCUGGCAGGGCUGGCUUUCGAUUGGACGAUUGUGAAAGAUGCAGAGACAGCCCGGUUCUCAGACUCCCACAAUGCACUGCGAGUCCUCAAAUUCUCAGAGUCAACAUACACUCCACCAGGCUACAUCUCUGUCAUGGAGAGAGUUGGAAAGCAAGGAGACAUUAUUCUGGUGUCUGGGAUCAAAACAGGAAAUGCCAAACUCAAAGCCAGAAUCCAGGAAGUGAUCUACAAGGACGUGCCUCCUGCGGAGGUCAGGCUGCUGAUCCUGGAGAACAUUCUCCUGAACCCUGCCUCAGACGUGUACCUGCUGGUGGGUACCUCCAUCCGGUACUCCGUCCACAAGAUCCGGCAGGGAAAGAUGACCGAACUCUCCAUGCCCUGUGAACAGUACGAGUUGCAGCUCCAGAACAGUGUGAUCCAUCCCGAAGCAGACCCCACUGUGGGCGUGGCCCAGCUGGACCCAGCCACCUCCACGGUCCAUGCCCUUCAGCACGGUCACACCAACGUGGUGCUGGACCACCACAGCCUUGGCCUGCAGGGGGCAUCGCGGCUGCCCAACAGCACACUGUAUGUGGUAGAGCCAGGAUACCUGGGGUUUAAAAUUCAGCCGGGUGACCGUUGGGCCCUGCAGGUGGAGGCGGUGUAUGAGGUCACCGUGCUCGUGUUCGAUAAGUCCAGUAACAGGGUUCACUUGGCUAAUAACAUACGGAUUGACGCUGCCUUCCAGAAAGAGUACUUUCAGGUCCUGGAAUCGUCUCUGAACGGCUCGUACCACCGCGUGAGGACCCGGAAGGCGGGACAGACGGGGAUCGAUGCCGCGCUUCGGUCUGUGGUCGAUCAGAAUGGGGGAGUGCAUAUGAUUCCUGUCCCAGUGCGCAGUCAACAGGAAGUGGAAAUAUACAAUCCCAUAAUUCUCAGUCCCAGGAUUCUCACAUUUCCAUGGCAACCAAAAGUAGGAGCGUACCAGUACACCAUAAAGGCCACAGGAGGAAGUGGAAACUUCACAUGGUCUUCCUCCAGCCCGGCUGUGGCCACGGUUACGGUUAAAGGGGUGAUGACCACUGGCAGUGAUAUUGGAGUCAGUGUGAUCCAGGCCCGCGAUGUGCAGAACCUUCUGCACUAUGGAGAGAUGAAGGUGUAUGUGGUGGAGCCCGUGGGGAUGGACUUUGCCCCAUGCCAGGUGGAGGUGCGGCAGGGCCUGGUGUUGGACCUGCCUCUGCGCAUCUUUGGGCUGCUGAGUGCGGACAGUGAGGAGCGCGUCAUGCUCAGCGACUGCUCCCACUUCCAGUUACAGGUGCAGAUGGAGACACAGGGUGUAUUCCAGCUUCUGCAGGGAAGACUGGCCCCUGGCCAGGGGCACUGCAGUGGAGUGCGAGUGGAGGCUCUUGCGCCGGGUCACACCACCCUGCAGGUCACCUACGCCCACGGCGCCGUGCACCUCAGUGCCAAGAUCACCAUCGCUGCCUACAAGCCUCUCAAAGCUGUUGAUCCUGUGUCUGUUGCUGUGGUAACCUUGGGCUCCUCCAAAGACAUGCUGUUUGAAGGGGGUCCUAAACCCUGGAUUUUGGAACCAUCCAAAUUCUUCAGAAAUCUGACGGCUGAAGAUGCGCAGAGCAUUAGCCUUGAGCUGUGUGGCCCCACCUCACGCAACUAUGGCCAGCACUGGGUCCGAGCCACAUGCAGGGCUCUAGGGGAACAGGUGCUGGCUAUAACGGUGGGGAACAUGGCCAGUGUGACUAACCCCUUCCCGGCGGCGGAGCCAGCUGUGGUGAAGCUGGUGUGCGCUCCUCCCUCACGCCUCACGCUCGUGCCCGUUUACGGCAGCCCCCACCUGGACCUGUCCUGCCCCCUGCUGCAGCAGAACAAGCAAAUGGUGCCUGUUUCAAAUUAUCGAAACCCCAUAUUGGACCUAGCGGCCUAUGACCAGCAGGGGCGCCGUUUUGAUAACUUCAGCUCUCUGAGCAUCGCAUGGGAGUCCAGCAGAGAGGCGCUGGCCAGCAUCCUGCCCACCCAGCCCAUCACACUGUCCGUCACCCAAGACCGCAACGGGCAGAGGAAACUCCGUGGCCUGCAGACGGUGGUGGUGCACCGGGAGUCGGGCGUGGCCGCCAUCACCGUGAGUGCCGUGGGGUACCAGCGCCCCCACAUGGAGGCCGCCCGGGUGCAGACCCCGUAUGACCCCCUGACCCCCGUUUCCGCCACGUUAGAGCUGCUGCUGGUGGAGGACGUGAGGGUGAGCCCUCAGGCCCUCACCAUAUACAACCAUCCCGACGUGCAGGCUGAAUUGACUCUAAAAGAAGGUUCUGGGUACUUCUUUGUCAACACAAGCGCAGGGGGAAUAGCAGAUUUGGUUUACCGGGAAUCCCAAGGAACUGCAGAGGUGCGCCCCCUGCAGCCCGGCCAGGUGGCGGUGAUGGUGCACGACCUCUGCUUGGCCUUCCCCGCUCCUGCCACAGCCACCGUGCGCAUUUCGGACAUCGCUGAGGUGUACAUCCGAGUGGUGGACAAGGUGGAAAUUGGGAAGACUGUGAGAGCUUAUGUGCGUGUGCUGGAUGACCACAAGCAGCCCUUUCUGUCCAAAUACUUUCCUCUGAUGAACCUGAAGCUGAAGGCAGCUUCUGCAAUUGUGUCUCUCUCGCACCUGGCGGAGUCGUCCGAGCCGGACACAGCGGUGUUCCUGGUCCAGGGUGCGGCUGUCGGCCAGACCACUCUCUCUGCCGUGGUGUUGGAUAAGAGUGGGAGAAGAGUCAUGUCUGCUCCGCAGCAAAUGGAAGUGUUCCCUCCCUUCAGACUGCUGCCUCGGAGGUUGUGUGUGAUUGUAGGGGCCAUGAUGCAGAUUACAUCAGAGGGGGGGCCACCGCAGUCCAAUAUCCUGUUCUCCAUUGGCGACGGGAGCAUCGCCACGGUCAACCGCAUGGGUCACGUGAGGGGCGUGGCCGUGGGCAAUGUGACGGUGACCGGCUUGGUGCAGGCGGUGGAUGUGGAGAGUGGGAAGCAGGUGGUGGUUUCUCAGGAUCAGGUGGAAGUGGAAGUUGUGCAGUUGAGGGGAAUCAGAAUCCGAGCGCCCAUCACAAGGAUGCAGACUGGGACCCAGAUGCCUGUGUAUGUGAUGGGGAUGACCAGCAGCCAGACGCCCUUCUCCUUUGGUUCUGCGCUGCCGGGGCUAAGCUUCCAUUGGUCAGUCUCCAAGCGGGACGUCCUGCAGCUGCACACCCGCCAAUCAGAGGUGUCUGUGCAGCUGCAGCCGGAGCACAGCUUCUCCAUGAGUGUCCACGGGCGAUCGAAGGGCCGCACGGCUCUGAAGGUGACGGUCCGAGCCUCAGAUCCACAGGCUGGACACCUGCUGGGAAACGGAGCAGAACUCUCAGAUGAGAUCCAGAUCCAGGUGUACGACAGACUGCAUUUAGUGAAUCCAGAAGUGGAGGUGGAGGAUAUUCGGAUGUCCCCAAAUUCUGUACUAAAGCUUCAGACUAACAGGGACGGAGUGGGCAAGCUGUCAUACCUUGUGCUGGAUUGUCCUGAUAAGGGGGGGUUGGUACAGGUGGAUGAAGCUGGCCACCUGUCAUCUGGCUCUCUCACUGGCUCCGCCUCUCUACAAGUCACCUCUCAGGAGCCUUUUGGCAUCAAUCAAACCCUGAUCCUUGCUGUGAAGGUGGUUCCAGUAGCGUACGUGCGGUUCAGUCCCAGCCCGGUUCUGCACACGGCCAACAGAGAGACCCUCUCUGCCGUUCCCCUGGGAACCGUGCUCACCUUCAGCGUGUGUUGCCACGACAGCACUGGCCACAUUCUCCACGCCCACUCCUCCGCCCUCACCUUUGCCACCAACAGGGAUGACCUGGUUCUGGUCGGCAGAGGGCCUGACAACACUACGCUGACGGUGCGGACGGUGAGCGUGGGUGUGACGCUGCUGGGGGUGUGGGACACGGAGCAGACAAGCGUGGCCGACUUCCUUGCGUUGCCAGUGCAACACGCCAUCCACCCCAGCGAAGCACAGAGCCUGGUCGUGGGUGAUGUCAUCUGCUUCAACACACAACUCGUCAAUCAAGAAGGGCUCACAGGCACCUGGAGUUCCUCAGUGGGGGGGGUGCUGGAGUUGGACCCUCGCACAGGAGUGGGCGUGGCUCGCGAUGCUGGCGCUGUCACUGUGUUCUAUGAAAUCCCUGGACAGCAGACCACCUACAGAGAGGUGGUUGUGGGUGUGGCCUCCAGGACCUCUGUCAUGGCUCAUGCUGCGGUAGUGAAGGAGGGAAGUGAAUCUCGUGUGCUGAUCACCACCCGCGAGCAAGGCACCAACCUGAUAGGGUCCUGCUCGUCUGCGCAGAUCAGCGCCAUCCCGCAGCUGCAGCCUCAGUCCAGCAUCAGCUGCCGGCUGCAGUUCAGCAGCGACUCCAUUGAGUUUCCUGCACACGACAUCUUCACCACGCAGACUGGCUUCGACCCCAGCGCAGGAUUUUAUACCUGCUCCAUCUCCUGGCGGCUUCUGACGGAGCAGCAGCAGCGUGCUCUGGCCCUGUCCGCGGCUCAGCUGGAGGUGCAGGCGGCGGUGGAGGGCUGUCCUUUCUCUGGUGAGCAGAUCAGUGUGCAGCUGCCAAUCAGCCCUGGCCUCUACUCCGACCAGAAGGACCUGCUCCUGAGUGCCCACCGCCCGUCAGCUGAGCUCAUAAUUUAUGGACCACCUGCCUCUCUCAGCAGCCUGGAGGUGUCAUCUAGCACCCCAGCUGUGGUCAUCCAGGAGCAGGGAGUGUUUCCAGGAAACCCCAGCUUUGCCAGAUUUACGGUCAAGAUAGCCGAGCCCAGGCUGGCCAUUCAGGACACCACCUCAUCUGUUAUCUCCGUGACGACGAGAAAGUCGCCUGGACAGGUCCUCCUCCUGCCAGUAACCAUCAUCUCUGCAGCAGAUCACAGUGUUGCCAUGCGAGCUUCUCCAGCUGUAGGGUGGGAGGGGCCCACAGUUCUGCAGCAGAUGAUCGACUCGUACCAGGUUAUGUUCUUCACUCUCUUCGCCCUGCUGGCAGGCACUGCCAUCACUGUUAUUGCCUGCCACGCCUUCUUUUCCCCAAGGGAAGCGGCUUAUCAUCCAGCGUUUAUCCAGAAGACUCCGCCUUCCUCAGGUGUUGCUUCUCCUGCCAUGGGUACAUUCAUCAACAGCUCACCUGCAGACCUGAGAGGCAGUCCCAAACUGCGACUCUACUCCCCAGACUACAACUCCCGCUAGGCUCUCCCCAGACUACAACUCCCGCUAGGCUCUCCCCAGACUACAACUCCCACUAGGCUCUCCCCAGACUACAACUCCCACUGGACUCUCCCUAGACUACAACUCCCGCUAGUAUCUCCCCCGAAUACAACUCCCGCUAGCCUCUCCCCAAACAACAACUCCCGCUAGACUCUCCCCUGAUUACAACUCCCGCUAGACUCUCCCCAGACUACAACUCCUGCUAACUUCUCCCCAGACUACAACUCCCACUAGCCUUUCCUCCGACUACAACUCCCUUUAGCCUCUCCAUGGACUAUAACUCCCUCUAGACUGUCCCUUGGACUACAAUUCCCAAUAGACUCUCCCCUGGGCUGAAACUCCCAGUAGACUCUUCUGGCCCACACCUUCCCCCAGACUUUUGUCUAGACUGUAACUGACGAGACAGCCACAGCUGCACAGAACCUGCAAGGCUUCCAGCCCCAAGUGCCUUCCAUGCAGACCGCUAUGCUGCGAGCCGUAAUCAGUGGUCUACUUGAUCCGUGUCUGUUUAGUUCGUGUCAGUUCUUUUGAAGGGGUGGAAACUGAAUUCAAGAGUUGGGUACAUUUGCUUGGUUUUGUUUUUUAUAUUAAGUGUGUGUUUUAUUCUGCUGCAAUUAUUUUAAUGCUUAUUUUCGUAAGAGAUAAAAAAAUGCUGCCUUUAACCAUAUAUACAUAUUUACAUAUAUGGAUGGAUUGCUUUGCACAUGUUUAAGCUUUGCAGACUUAUUACCAAACCUGUGGAAUGAUGGGAUCGAUAGCGACUUCUUCUGUAACUCAGGAUAUUAAUGCACUGAAUUCCAGUUUGACACUGUCAUGUGGAAACCUGAAAAUGUCAAUCAAAUAUAUAUCAGGAUGUUUGUGUUUUGGAAAAAAAGUAGCAAUUAAUGUGAAUAAUAUAACUGAACCUGUCCCUAUAUGAUGUGUGGGUGGCUUAAAAGCUUAUUUAUGAUUAAUUUUUUAAAGCCUGUAAGAUGUGUUUUUUUGUGGUGUGCAGCAUAUUCUGAACUCCAUAAAACCUCUGAAGGUCCUUUUGCCUCUGAGCCGGAGUAAGGAGCUCCUCUGAGCAGAGUAAGGGGCUCCUCUGAGCUGGAGUAAGGAGCUCCUCUGAGCAGAGUAAGGGGCUCCUCUGAGCAGAGU